GGAGUGGUCAAUCUCGCUCACUCUAGUAUCUUUGACCAGGGACCAGGAGGAGCCGGUGAAAAGGCAACGAGCAAAGAUCAUCGAGCGGAGGCAACGAUGGCCCGCAACGAAGAGAAGCAGCUGGGGAAACUGAACCGACUGUGGUUGCAGAAAGAGAAGGACGAGGGUCGCAUAAGAGAGAUCCAUCAAAAUCGUCCCAAACUGUCUUCUUUGAAUUCAGCCAUUGACGUGAAGAAAUGGAUUCCAAGUAUCAAGUCUGAGAUUGAGUACUACCUGCAGCAAUCGCAACUAUCCCAUUACUCCGAACGGAAGAUCCAGGAAUUCGAUAACCACAUAGGAGAGCUUCAGAAGGAGUAUCGAUGUUACUUGUGGAAACUGCGUCAUUUAGAUCCUUCCCACAAGGAGCAUCCAUGGAAACCCCGCGCAUACACCCGCAAAAGACCAGCGACCAUCAACCAACAAGAUGCCCCACUCUGUCUGUGGUUCAAAAGCCAGGGAUCAGAAUGUGGGAAGCUGUCUCCGAGUGGGAACAAGUCAGGGUCUGGUGGCAAAAACUUUACCCCGACGCAACAGUGGAUCAUUGACAAAUGGGGCUUUAUCAAUUCGCAUAUAAUACUAGAGGAGAGGAGACAGAGCACCAAGAAGUUUGACAAGAAGAAGCCACUGCCCUGUCUGUCCAGUGAAGAGGAGUUUGAUCCACUUGAGGGAACCUCUGGAUCCACCCCCUCCACCAGUCAGCAGCACAGCAAGAGGAGCAAGACCACUGCCAGCUCCACUGCAGGCUCUACCCCAACAGCAACUGAGGUAGAGGAGGAAGAGGGAAGUCAGCAGGAGCUGAUCAAGACGCUCAUGCAACAGGCAACAGAGGCCAGAGAGGCCAGACAGGCCAUGACACAGCCCCAGACACCACACGAGAAGGCUGUUGACACCUUCCUGGGGUUCUUAAAGACUGAGCUGCUCAAGAUACCAGAGAACCUGUGGUUCAACUAUUCUGUGUCUGCCAUGACGAUGGCCCAUAAAUUCUCCCAGUCGACUCAGCAACAGAUGGGAAGGCCACAGAUGGGACCACCACAACAGAUGCCACUGAUGGGACCACCACAUCAGCAGGCUCACCAGCCACCGUCACUGAUGGCACCAUCACAGAUGCCACCACCAGUGAUGCCAUGCUCACCAAUGGCCACCUCACCCAUGGGAAGGUCACCCAGUUCCACAGGACAGCAGCAGCAGUACUCACAGAAACAGCAGCAGCAGCCUACAUCAACACCAUCACCGCAGCCUUCAUCAACACCAUCACAGCAGCCACAUACACUGCCUUGCAGCCUGCAAGAUCUAGUAGCUUCUCUGCACUCUCAGCUGCAUUCACUAACUACCCCAGCCUUGACACAUCCAGACCUGCACCAGUGACACCAGGGGGUACCCCCAGAACAGAGACCCAGGCUGCAAGUGGGGACUUGAGUUUGACUUUUCCAGGAUUAAUCGACACAGAUCACCCAUCAGUGUAAUGUGUCCAUAAAUGAUGUUAAGUCUUGUAUUAUGUUUGAAGAUUAUUGAAACACAACGACCCUCCUUGGGGCAUGAGAGUACAUAUAUAAUUGAAAAACAAUACAUAUAUACAAAAGCCAUACAAUAUCUCGUAAACAGAUAACCUGACUAUUGAAGUGUAUUCUAGUUUUGAAUGUUUGUAUUUUUAUUUGUAUCACAUCUCUGCAAUGUAAUGUUUGAGCUUUCUAUAAGCAGUCUUUUUGUAAAAUAUUAGUUAAAGGUAUCUGUAACAUGUCUGCCAGACCUGUUGAAGUUGCAAGUUUUAUGGAGAGAAAUACAGGGAACUGAAUUAAUGUAAAUACAAUUACACAUGUGCCAUUAUUUGAUAUUUAUUCCCUUUUUUAUAGAUUGAUGCUAUUGAUCAGACUGAUGAUUCUUACGGAUAAUUUGCAGAAUCUUACUCCGCUUUUUCCCGUCGUCCAUCUAAUAAGUUUCCUUCAGAUUUGAUGUUAUAUAUCACGUUAUUGAUAUUUCAAGGUUUGAAAAAGCUAACUUUAACAAGAUUUUUACUGUCAAGAUCCUUCCUGCCAGCUUCCAACAAACUUUGAUACAAAGUUGCAUACAGGAACACUGCUUCCACCAUCACAGUUCUGCACCCGAGAUUUGCAACCAUGUUGCCAUCAUACAACACUCCAGCUCCUAGCAGCAAGUGCUUCAACAGGAGGGUGAGGGUGAAUUGGUAUUACAAUUGGAAGUGCUGCGGCAGGCAGGGGAAGUCCAAUUGGAUUAUUUUUUUUGUCCAGUGCUGGGAGAGGCAGGGGAGUGGUGGAAUCUUACGUUGGGGAACGGGUUGCGUUGGGGGCCAGACCUCCCAUGUGACAGGCCCAGUUGCUCUAGUCUUAAUAAUAAAUCAAACUUUUUUUGUUGUUAAAGUGAUGAUUCUUUAUAGAUUUAUUAUAGAUAAUUUUAAAUGUUAUGUGAUAAUAAUAUUUUUAAGCACUGUUGUAUGUUCUUUACAAUCUAAUAAUAAAUCAAACUUUUUCAUUGUUAAA